UUUCUUCAACUUAACCAAUAUGUCAUUUAACGACUUAGAGCAAGGCCUGCAUUCACCAGACGAUUCUCCCAUACAAUUUCCUACAAGCAACUCCACAACAGGCGACGACCGAGACUACAAAGAAUUAACACAACGAAUUGCGCAACAAAUAUUUCAUAUAAAUGGCAAUAUUAAUAGUAUCGAAAGGCUAGUCAACUUACUAGGCGGUCCUAGAGACACCAGUGAAAUACGAGGAAAUUUACACGACGUUACCAAUGCUACUCGUGAACUUAUCAAGGACUCUACACAGGACUUAAAGUCUCUUUCGCUACACCAAAGUUUAGACUCAAAGAAGAACCGACAGAGACGGCUAGAACAACAAAAAUUAUCCAAAGAUUUUCAAAAUGUAUUGAACAGUUUCCAAAAAGUGCAAAGGGUGUCUGCUUCUAAACAGCGUGAAUACGUGGACAAGGCAAAAGCUACAACAGUCAUGCUUCAGUCACAAGUAAUUGAAGAUACCGAAGAGAAUCAAGGAUUGAAUAUCAUGAGUAACCAGCGUCAGGCUCAAUUAGAGACACUCGAUAGUGAGAUUGAGUAUAACGAACUUUUGAUAUCUGAAAGAGAAGGAGAAAUACAGAAUAUCGAGCAAGGUAUCACUGAAUUAAACGAAAUCUUCCGCGAUAUGGGUAUGCUGGUGAACGAACAAGAAAGUGGUAUCCAAAGUAUUUAUGGUAACGUACUAAACAUUGCGCAGAAUACGAGACAGGCUGCUGAUGAACUUGUGAUUGCCAACCGACAUCAAAAGAGCGCAAGAAGAAACAUGUGUUGCUUUCUUCUUAUCAUAACUAUCGUAGGCUGUUUUUUAGCAUUAAUAAUACUCAUUGCAAAAUAA